AUGCCUAUCCAGGGAAUCAGAACAGUCGCCGCUAGCCGAAAUGGCGUAGGUGCUUUUAUCCUCCAGUGCAAGCGGCUCGACUUUCAUUAUUGCGACUGGGCCGGUAGCUCAAAAGGGAUGAAUGCAUUCCUCAAAUAUACCCUCCCCUCCUUCGCUGCCGCAAACCCACAGAUAGAAAUCCGCGUAUCUCCCCGGCCAAAGAAGCACCCAGUGAUCAAAGGCCACUACAUCAACGGCCGUGAAAAAGCAAUAUGCGUCCGCAAUCUUGAGAAAGAGCAGAUCCUCGCGAAGGCUCUGCUACUCAAGGAGGCCAGUGGGGAGAAGCUGAAAAGAGUUAGGAAGCCCGUGUCCAGUUUGAAUGAGAGUGUAAGGGGUAUUUGGAGUCCUUAUCAUGGGGAUGUCAAGACGAUAUGA